GGAUGUUACCAGAGAAAGACAUACAACCACUUUCGGAGAGUUCAGUGGGUAGAAGUCUUGUAUGAUGUUGAACUUACUUAUUACAAGUGCAGUACCAUUUGGCUCACGAACCAUGAACGAAAGUGACUGUUUCUUCAGUGGCGAAUACAUGACAGCUGAAGAUAUUCGCUGGGAGAACUUCCAUCAUCGCAACGGACUGCCUCUGCCUGACGUCAUCAUCAGCAACACGCCUCCGUCACCCCUUCGACGGACACGCUCCUACCACUUCCUCUUCCCUGAGAAACCCUCGCGCGUCCAAAUCACACCCACACUCCCUCCACCAUCCCUUGACACGCCCCCAGCCACGCCUGCAGAUACCCUGGAGGUCGGCAGGGGCUCCCAUACCCGCCGCCUCCAUGGGAAGGCUGGGGACGGAGGAGGAGGAGGACGCCAUCCAGACAGGGUUAGAUCACAUACAAGAGGUGAGACGCAGGCUACCACCCCGCCCCCAAGUUGGUCCUCAUCUCAACCUUCCCCAGCUCUCCUGGUCCUCCCCAGCGCCUUCGUCAGCAGCGAGGGGAGAGGAUGGGAGAACAGCAGCCAGGAGAGGGGGAAGAAACCAGGAAGAGAGGGAGAAUGCCCAGGAGAGGGAGAGGAAGUGUCGCGUAAAAUAGGGAAAGACCUACGCAAAAUCGCUGAUGAGUUCCAAGUCAACAAUGCCAGGGUAAGUACAAUGUAAUUAUAAUCAUUAAUGGUAGUUACUAUGAUUGUGUAGUGUAUA